CCUUGGCAGGGCGGCAAGGUUGAUGAAGUCUUUCAGAACAUCGUCUUUCUUAACAGAGACCUCCUGAUAUUCUAUGAUUUGAUCAAAGGGAUAUCCUCAGGCAAUUUUGGGCGGCUAGAACUCUAUAUUGGGGCUCUGGCAGCGACGUUCUCAGGUGGCAAGCGCUACAACUACAUGGGUGACACUCUACACCUUCUCCAGAACCUCAAAAAGAUCUGGACGCCUGAUUUUGCGUUC